AUGGAGAAAAGCGCAUUUGAAAGGCUACCCGAAGAUAUUAUUCUACAGAUUCUACUCCUUACCAAUGCCAACACCUUUGCUUCUCUCGUCUUACUGAAUUCAAGAUGGAGGGAUAUCUCGCAGCAAGCCUACCUUUAUUCGCAUCAUCUCGCUCAAUGCCCUUCCUACUCGGCCGCGCACAAUACAAUUCCGGCUUUAGAUGAGAAUAGCCUUCCACGUCUUCGGGGCCUGUUUGCGCGAGAGGUCAAACGCAAUUUGUUCGAAGUAUAUUUACGGCCUCAAGAAACGGUCAUAAACUUAGUCUCGACCUCCAUAAGUUCGUCCAGUGCGCCUGGGGGAGAAGCCUGUCAUUUUUCUAUCUCUCCUCGCGGAGUUUUGGUCCUCGCCUACAACUCAUCUCGAAUUCACAUCAUAGAUGUCACGGCUCCGGAGGUUCAUAUCAUACGAGAACUUAAGAUCUUGCGACGACCAGCUGCGACGACAAUCACAGAUGACGGGUCUAUGUUGGCGGUACUGUCGAAUGAUCUUCAGGUCAAUCUUUAUGACUUGACUGUGCGCCCACCAAAGCAUACUCGGUCUGUACCACUAGACCAUACACCAAGAACCAUCGCCCUCUCCCCGACUGGACAAGUUCUCGCCGCAGCUUACGACUCUGGGGUAGAAUUGACCUCUCUGCGUGAGUUUGGUACAAGUCGCGCUGUAAAGGCCUAUGGCGUUGACUCCUUGACAUUUUCUCAUGAUUCAGAUCUGCUACUUGGCACCACACUACAAUCCAGGAACUCUAGUACCGUCGUAUUAACUGCGCCAUAUCAUGACCCGGGGAGCGUUUCUCCUGAAGAUAGCAUCGGUGCUCUUUGGACAACUUCAAUUCUAUUUCCCAACGGUAGCCGAGACUGCAGUCAUGCAGUCCUACUUCCAAGUCCUCAUGACGACGAAGCAACUUGGACUUUCACAUAUGAUCGAAUUUUUGAAACAUUUCGAGCUGUUAGGAUGGAUGAUCUACGUAACGGUAAAGUUCAUUUUGUGGGUCCCAACGGGGAACCGCCCGCAUCAAAAGCGGCAGCCAACAAGUCUGGAGAUCUAGCUGCAGUAGGUUAUAGUCGAGGUACCGUUUGGCUUUGGGGAAUUCCGGAAAAUUUGGAUCCUACGCCUGCCAAUGUGAGCUCGAAUAGUAAUGCAGAAACCGCACCAGGGACACCUUUGAGUCAAAUUGGCCGUCGAAACAGCGCGCCAUCGCUACGCUCUGUAAAUCGAUCGCUGGACCACAGCAGUACUCGUAUUCCACAAUGGCAACUCCUCUGCGAUAAAUCCCGCAAUACAUUCGUUGAAGGUUGUCACAUAACUUCCUUAGAUGGAGUGAGUGCCUUGAGCUGGGUCCAAGAAGAAACAAAACAACUACGAGGUGAAAGACUUAUAGCUGUUGCACCGGGAGUAAGACGCCAAUGCAUCAUAGACGAGGAUGAUAGCAUGAGUCCGGUGGAUGGUGGCCGUAUCUGUAUACUGGAUUUCGCCUGUGCCACAAACAAUGGCAGGAAAACCACAAGGACUAUAGAGGUAGGCCAACGAGAUGAUCCGGAAAUUCUCGAGGAAGAACACAGAGACCUGGACACUGAGGUAGCUAUUGUCAGAAGAAGAACAGUAGCGCAGCGAAGAAGUUAUCGUGCCAGUCUUGCUCGAUCGGUUACUACAAUGACGCGCCCGGAGCCACCGCCAAUCCCAGCACUACAUAACUUGGGUGCUUUAUCUAACAUCCCCCUUCCUCCUUUACCUACACAAACGAGUCACCUAGAAACUACGUCUGAUCGAGCAGAGACGGCCUCCAUUGAUGACGAGCAAGAAGCUUUCGACGAUCCUUAUGCAAAUACGGCACCACGCUCGGGCACGACCCUACGCCGCGCUGCCACGGCUGCUGCAGUUAACAGAAGAUUACAUCCUCGCUCAACGAUACAAGAACAUAUCGAGUAUCGCCGCGCUGAUGGUCGUGAAGAGCAUCCGCAUGAAAGCGAUGCAGAUAAUUGGGAGCCACCACCCCCUCCUUAUCAAAAAGAAUCGGUCCCUCCACUUCCUGAACACAUACAGAGAUCUAUACUUGCAGAUCAUGCAAAAUCACUGCAAAGAUCAAAUACUCAACGUGCCACGGUGCUUGACUUUCCAGGACUAGAUGCCCCGGUUCUUCAGCGACCUCUUCCCGAAGCUCUACGUGAGCAGAGCUAUCACUCUCAACGAUCGCUCAGUGAUACAACAACUGUACCUUUCGCAACUAGUCCUAUAGAUGAUCCAGUUGUUCGACCAACGACAAGUCCCUCAAGUGCAACCUUUGAUGAGCGUCCUACGACCCCAGAUUUCAAUAGCCUUUAUGAUGUUUCCCCGAUUGGCACUCCACAGCCAAGCCUUGCAAGGCCCUCGCCCCAUCGAAUACCUAGACUACCUGUAGGGCUCAACGAUGACGACAAUAACACGACCGAUUUGGCCCCUAACUUUGUUAUGAGAGCUACGUUACAAUCACCUGUCUCUCCCAUUCCUCAACCUAUGAAUGCAACUCUUGAUAGGCGGUUGUUAGACUGGGAAAGUGCAACCGUUGAUGAUCAAGUGUCUCUUAUGCAAAACAGUAGACCUACAACCGCGGUAAAUGGAGAACAGAGAGACGACUCCACUCUAAAGCUGAAUUCUACAGUGACAGAACCACCAGUGCCGGUACAGGAAUCCCAUGGUUUAAUGCCUGUCCAGCAAAGCUCAUACCCACAGUUGGAGGAUAAUUCGUCCAUUCCCCUCGCUUUCCCGGAGUCCACUGAAACAUCUAUUUCCGUUUGGGGAAGAGUCAAUUCCGCACCAGUAAUACCAGAGACCCCUACAGAUGAUGCUACAACAGUAUCCUCUAGCUUAGUGCUCCCCAGCGCCGAUCUUUUAGCACGUUUCAACAGUCGCAGUGGACGUCCAGCUAGUCUGAGAGAUCCAUCACGACGUCGCUCUGGCUCUAAUCCUCGAGAUUCUGUACCACUUCAAGAUUCUAGCAGCCAGUCCCAACAACCUCCUCGUGCUGUUCCCGAGCAAUUAAAUCACGGUUCUGCUCCACCUCGUGCAGCCGCUGGUGCUGGCGCUUAUGGCUCAAGUUCUUCGCGCUCGAAUACGACCCUUCGUCCUCCUACCGGCCACGGUCCUCCUUCUCGACGAAUUAGCCUCGGUUCACAAAGAUACCCUGCAUCACCGGAUAACUUACGUCCACCAAUACAACGUCUCGAGACAAUUCACAGCACAACUUCGGCGAGUGGCACUGGUACCUCACCUUACAAUGUACCAAUACCUAUCAUCAGACAACCGAGCAGAGCAGAGCGCAGUGCGGCGCGAAACGUAAAAAUUGCAAAACGAAACGGUUGGAGGAAGAGUAUGAUGGCGAAGAAAAGUAAGCAUAAACGUGAUGCGGCAAGUAGUGCAGGUUGGACUGACGUGACAUGGGAUUCGAGACCUGUUACUUCACCAGCGACAGUGGCAUAUGACACGGAGGUGCAGCCGCAGCAGAAAAAGCAUGCUGCAAAAUGUACGGUAAUGUGA